GGGUAUGGACUCCAGAGACUGGCCAUUCAAACCUGCCAAAUAACCACAAACCAAAGCUGCAGAGAUAAUCCAUAUGAGACCUCAUCCCCGCUCUCUGACAUACGCAGAUCACUGCUGAUCACGGUUUGCACACAGACACAUGCUCACACAGGAAAAAUACUGCAUGAUAGAGCGUCAUAUAAUUAUUUUUAAUAAAGAAAUUCACAAGAACAAGUAGCCGAAGAUUUCGACUGAGGCUGUCAUCAUGAGUAUUAAACAAGCCUGCAUCUUUCUCAGGGGAGGAUCGAGGAGACAAACAAGGGCUCUUACAAACGAUGAGCUUGACGAGUUACGUGAGGCUUUUGUAGAGUUUGAUAAAGACAAGGAUGGUUUCAUAACCUGUAAGGACCUGGGAAACCUGAUGAGGACCAUGGGUUACAUGCCGACGGAGAUGGAGCUCAUAGAACUGAGUCAGAACAUCAACAUGAAUUUGGGGGGACGAGUGGACUUUGACGAUUUCGUGGAACUAAUGACCCCCAAGCUCCUUGCUGAAACUGCAGGGAUGAUUGGGUUGAAGGAACUUAAAGAAGCAUUUCGAGAGUUUGAUAUGGAUGGUGACGGUUCUAUUACAUCUGAGGAGCUGAGACAUGCCAUGAUAAAGUUACUAGGAGAACAAACCAGCAAACAUGAAAUUGACGCAGUGGUCAGAGAGGCUGACAACAAUGGAGACGGAACAGUUGACUUUGAGGAGUUUGUGUCAAUGAUGUCGCAGAAAUGAGGACACCAGAAUUAAUAGAUGAUCAUGAAUUGAAGAGGAUGCAUUUUCUAUUUAAUUCUAUGCUGAUGAUAGAUUACUUCUUAAGAAUCAUUUUACUUUAUUUUCCUGUUAUUCAUUUGGAAUCUGCAUCAUACACAAACACCCGCUUAUUGAUUUCAAGUGUUCAAAAAAGCUUUGUUCUUUCUGUUAAAAUGUAGGGAUAUAACAUUGUUAAGAUGUGAUUGGCAGCUCUAGACAGCCAUGCCCUUAAUGUUUUGAUUAUUUCAGUUCAUUUGAAAGGUUUAUUGUGAUCUAGUUUGCCUUGAAUCCCCCAUACCUGUCCCAGAGCAAUCAGUGCACACGUCAUUGUCAGCUGUUCAUAAAGUAAUAAAUGUGUGAAAUUA